AUGCCCCCAAACAGGCGCGCGUCAUAUAUCUCCGCGCAGUUGGAUAAUAUCAACCAGCAUCUUCAGGGCUUGUUCGAUGCCAUUGGGCUGACUUCCUCUGAGCGAGACGAGCGGGAGCGUCAGCUUUACUCGGUGAUAUCCGGUGCUCUCGAAUCCUACGUUUCUCAAGUUACUGCCGAGCGCGAUGCAGUCCGCCAACAAUGUUCCCGUGCUCUUGCAGACGUUCGUUCGAUGCUUGCUGCACUUUCCGAUGUUGAUUCUAAUUCUCUUCUUGGACCCGAUGCUGCUGUUGUAGCUGCUGAAGUUGAACCUCCAUAUAAGGAAGCUCUGAGUGGCAUAUUGCGGGCACGGACCCGGGUAGAAGAAGUAUAUGAGGAACGGUCAGCAGUGGCCAAUACUAUGUUUUCUGAACUUGAGGAACUGGUUGGGAAAAUAGGAAUUGAUGAAGAUGAAGCAGAUGAUACCACGCAAGAACCACCCGAAUGGAAAAUUAAGCGCACACCCAUGCGUAUUGCUGCAGAACUUACAAGGCCUGGUGGUACUGAUGAAGUUGAUCUUUCGGCUGCAUAUCUUGCAAAAUUUGAGCAUGAAGUACGACGUUGGCGUGCUGAGCUUCAGUCACGCAUUGCAUCUGUGUCUAUUGCUUCAGCACGUAUUGUUAAUUUAUGGGCCGAGUUAGGAACACCGCAAAAUGAAAUUGAUCCAACAAUCAUGUCUAAUUAUAAAUCUUCACCAGAAAAAAUAGGCACCACAAUACCCGACUUGAUGAAUCUUGAAACCCGGUUAGCAGAUCUUUUUACGGAAAAAAAACGCCGGCAAGAACGAUUAGAAUUUCUCCAUAUAGAAAUUGAGAAGCUUUGGUCCAAGUUAAGCGAAGAUGAAGAGUACACAGAAAGCUUUGCAAGACAGAACCGCGGACUCUCUGAGCAAACAUUAAAGGCACAUGAAAAUGAAUAUGCUCGAUUAUUAGAAAAAAAGAGAGCACAUGUUGGUAUUUUUAUUCAAGAUGCUCGCGAGCAAUUAGAACAACUAUGGGCCCGUCUUUACAUGUCUGAAGCAGAGACAUAUGAAUUUUCUCCAGCUUGGGCAGAUGUUUAUACUGAUGCUGCUCUUGAAGCCCACGAGACAGAGAUUGCACGUUUGCAGGAUGUUUUGAGCGAGCGUGAACCCAUAAUCAAGCUAAUUGAUCAAUAUAAAGAGCUCCAAAAUGAAGAACGUGAGUUGGCUGCGGCGUCGCAGGACGCGUCGCGGUUACUUCAGCGUGGCGGUGGUGGUAAUGGGUCUUCACAAGCUCCUAAAAGGGACCCAACGAGAUUACUUCGUGAAGAGCAAAUGCGGAAGCGUAUUGCAAAGCGUAAGCCUAAGGUUGUUCAAGAACUUAAGGUAGCGUUGGACUCUUGGCGAGAAAAAUCGGGUCGGCCACUAACAAUUAAUGGCGAAGAUUUGACCAAAACUAUAGACGAGGAAAUGGCCAAGUUGGUACCGGGAUCUCGGUUAGGACUGACACGAAAUAGAGCAAAUACAGCGUCUUCAUCUUCUGGAACCACUGCACCUCGAACCAAUUCUGGAGGGUCAGGAACCACACGAGCAGGUGCCAUGACUUCUUCAGGAAGAUCAUCACCUAUUAAAAAUACCCCUCUUACACGCUCACGACCACAGCAAGGCACAGCUGAAGCAGGCCCGACACGACCGAGAUCUCGUGCGGGUGCAACUUCUCCGACGCGGCCCUAUGCUGCCGCGCCACGACACAUAUCCUCCGCAGCACCAAAAUCAACGACUUCACGUAGUGUUUCACCUUCAAGAAGAGCUAUUCCUCCUCGCCCACGCAGUGUUCUUUCACGCGCACCAGUACCGCCAGUAUCUAACAAUAUUAUGGUUCCAGUUCCUACAGUCCCAAACUUGGCUCCACGAUCACAAAGCUCGUUAGGAUCUUAUCGUGUAGGGUCUCCUCCGUCACCAAUACGAAUGCCGAAAACUAGGCCUGUUUCCGUUAUUAUUGAUAGUGGAAGCAAACCAGCAAACUUUUUACGAAGUCAGUAUCAGCAUUUAGACCAUCAACCUGAACGAAGUCGAAGUGAAUUGGGAUUUUACAAUAAUUUACAUGCUGGUAAUGGUAAUGGGAAUAUUAAUAUUAAUGGAAACAAUAACAAUAACAAUAACAAUAAUAAUAAUAACAACAACAAUGGUAACGAACAAGAAGAGUAUAAGGCUGGGUCUAGGCUGAGUGAGAUGUCUCUUGGAUCACCUUCGCAUCACUCGACUAUGCUCAUGGUUAAUAAAGAAAAUCAAGAUAAUUCACCUGAUCGGUUACAAUUGCCCUCACGAAUGGACAAAUUAUUUGGGCAGCGAGAUCAUGAUGAAAUUUUGGGGGGAGAUGAAGAUACCACUAUAAACACAUUACACACAGUAGUGUAUGGUUCCUCACGGCAUUACCCAGAUACAGAUUUUCAACAGCGACAGUUACAUCAACUACAACAACAACAGCAAGAUUUGCAAGAGUUACACCAUUUACAACAACAACAGCGGGCUCUUUUGCGACAAUAUGACUUGAGCCCCGGUGGCUCUGGUGAUGUUGUGAUGGCUUCGCCAAGUCCUGUUGCACAAAGACAAAACAGUUCACCAGAAAGUUAUAGCUCUCCGUUGAGUCAUAAGUCUGGUAAUGGAGCCAAUCCAUUUGCGGGUCCACCACAAGGUAGCAGUGCACGGUAUGGCAAUCAACAGCAACAGCAGCAGCAGCAACAGCAACAGCAGCAGCAGCAACAGCAACAGCAGCAGCAGCAACAGCAACAGCAGCAGCAGCAGUCAAUGAAUUUCCACAGGGACCCAUCGCCUCCUUCUCUGCCUUCCUCGGAUGGAUUUGGAGACCCGUUAUACCAAGAAUGGCGAGAACGUGCGCUAAAGAAACUGAUGGUUUCCCAAGCAGAACUUACACGAAAUAGCCCGAACAAUGGUAGUUCCCCCACUGGCAAUAGCAAUAGCAAUGGCAAUGGCAAUGGCAAUGGUGGCGGGCCUCCACCGCUGCAUAAGCGCAGUGAGCGUCUUUCUGAGUUUAGCUGGGAAAAGGAUACAUUUUAA